GUUGUGAUGCACCCAAGGCGAGCGAGGAGGGCGCGAUUCUUUCAAACUUUAGCUACACACCAUGGCACAAGCUCAGAUUCAGCAGCAGCAGCAGCAGCAGCAGCAGCAGCAGCAGCAACAACAACAGCAACAGCAGCAGCAGCAGCAGCAGCAGCAGCAGCAGCAGCAGCAACAGCAGCAGCAAAAAGUGCAGCCAACAACUGACUUUGGUCCUGACAGUGGGGGAAGAAUUAAGGGCCUAACAAUUGUGAAGCCUAUCGUAUAUGGCAAUGUUGCACGUUUCUUUGGCAAAAAGAGAGAGGAGGAUGGGCACACACAUGAAUGGACAGUUUACGUCAAACCGUAUAACAAUGAGGACAUGUCUACGUAUGUGAAAAAGGUCCAUUUUAAGCUACAUGAGACCUAUGCCAACCAGAACUGUGUGUUGACAAAGCCGCCAUACGAAGUCACAGAGACAGGAUGGGGAGAGUUUGAGAUUGUUAUCAAAAUCUUUUUCCAUGAUCCAAAUGAGAGACCAGUAACCAUAUAUCACAUUCUGAAGCUGUUCCAGUCUCCUCCUGGCACUACACCACCUGUCGUGUCCAGUGAUUUCAAGAAACCACUCGUGUCUGAAUUUUACGAGGAGCUCAUCUUCCAGGACCCCUCUGCUAUGAUGAGACAGCUGCUAACCAAUACCCGGCAACUGACUCUUGGAGAAUACACCCACGAUACUGACUUUGAGGACAAGAAGGAGAAGACAAUCAAAAACUUAUUAAAUGCCAAAGAAAAAAUAGCGAAUGAAAUUAUGGACCUGCGAGAAAAGAUCAAACUUGCCAAAGACACGAUUGCCAAGUUCAAAGAGGAAAUUAACAAGUCACACUCAGAAAUGUCUGUGGAUGUAUCAGGACUAACAUGAACUUUCUUUUCUCUUGUUUAGGGAAUAAAUAUGAUUUUCUUUCUUUUUGUAUAAGAAUACAUUUGAAAAAAUAGU